AUGUUUCUACGCCCAAGGACGUUGCGCGUAUUGCGCGGCGUGUCGCAGCAGCAUGUGAGAGCCUUUGGUUUCUCCAGCCCCUCCGGACAACCACCAAUGCCGCCAAUGGCCAAUAUUCCCAUGCCCUACAUCGAGGAGUCGUCGGCUGCCGGCAGGAAAACAUGGGAUAUCUUUUCCAAGCUAUUGCAGGAACGCAUCAUCUGUCUCAACGGCGAGGUCAACGAUUACAUGUCCGCUUCCAUCGUCGCACAGCUUCUCUGGCUGGAAUCCGAUACCCCCGAAAAGCCGAUAACGAUGUAUAUCAACUCUCCUGGUGGUUCUGUUACCUCAGGAAUGGCAAUCUAUGAUACCAUGACAUACAUCAAGUCACCAGUAUCAACCGUAUGUAUCGGAGGCGCUGCUUCGAUGGCCGCCAUACUUCUCGCAGGGGGUGAGGCCGGCAAACGAUUCUCUCUGCCUCACAGUUCCAUCAUGAUCCAUCAGCCACUCGGUGGUACCCGGGGUCAGGCAUCCGACAUUAUGAUUUAUGCGAACCAGAUUCAAAAGACGCGAGAACAAUCCAACAAGAUCAUGCAGUAUCAUUUGAACAAAGCUAAAGGUCACGACAAGUAUUCAUUGGAGGAGAUCAACGAUCUGAUGGAGCGAGACAAAUACUUGACGCCAGAGGAGGCUCUUGACUUGGGUGUUAUUGAUGAGAUUCUGACAAAGAGACCCGAAUCAGAGCAGGAUAAGGAGAAGAAGGCGACAAGUGAGACGGAGGCAAAGGAAGGGGAGGCCGAUGCACCCAAGACGAGCUAA